AUGUCUGAAAAUCCGAGAGGAUUUACAUUAACUUAAAUUACUCAAAUGUUAGAGGAAAAAGUAACUGAAAUUUAAGCAAAUCUUGAUUAGAAAAUUUCUGAAUUACCAUCAUUGAUUGAAUUACUCAAACAUGAUAAUAUAUUUAUUGUUCAGAUGACAAUUAUGGCAUUAACUGAUUUAUUUAUUGAUAUUGCUCCAUUAUAUAUAAUUGAUUAAUAAGCACAUGAAUUUUAAAUUACAAAAUUUAUCAAAAAAGAAGAAAAAUAAGUACUCAAUUUUGAAUUAAGUUUAAUUAAAAAUUAUUACUAAUUUAUUAAAGCUCAAUUUACUUUUGUUAAAUUGAUAAAUUAAGGCCCUCUUGUAGAAACCUGUUAUUAAAGGUAAUACUAUAUCUAGAUAUAUAUAUAUUAAUUUUAGUUUAUGUAAAUUAUUGAAUUCAUUAUUUCAUUAAUAGAGAAUUAGAUUAGUAUAUUACUUAUGGUUUAUUUACAUGUAAUUAAAUAUGUUAUAAUUCUCUCUCUAAUAUCCUAAGCAAUAAAAAGAAUUCUUUACAUGAGUCUAAAUUAUAAAUCUUGAUUUAAAUAUAAAAACUUUAUUAGGCUAAGCAUGAAGAUUAAUUACAAGAUAAUCCAGAAGAUUUAGUUAAUUAAAUUUAAAUAGAUACUAAAUUUUUACCAUAAGAAUUAGAAAAGUAAGGAAAGGAGAAGAAGAGAGCAGCAAAGCAAAAGAUAAGAGAAUAUUUUAGUUAAAAGGAGAAAGAUAAGAAAAAAAAAAAUUGA